GUUGCGAGUGCGACCACUUCAAAACCCAAAACAAACCCUCCAUCUCGAAAGAUCGCGGGCCGCCGACCUCCUCCUCCUUCCUCUCCCCUCCCCCUCGCCGCCGCCGCCGCCGCACCCCGCCUCUCGCCGGACCGAAAUGGCGUUGCACGCCCCCGUCCUCGUGCUGAAGGACUCGUUGAAGAGGGAAUCCGGCGCCAAGGUUCACAAAGGCAACAUCCAGGCCGCAAAGGCUGUGUCAGACAUCAUACGCACUACAUUGGGCCCUAGGUCCAUGUUGAAGAUGCUCCUGGAUGCCAGCGGAGGUAUUGUGGUUACUAAUGAUGGCAAUGCUAUACUGCGGGAAAUAGACAUUGCACAUCCUGCUGCUAAGUCUAUGAUUGAGCUAAGCCGCACACAGGAUGAAGAAGUUGGAGAUGGCACAACGUCUGUCAUUAUUCUUGCUGGUGAGAUGCUCCAUGUUGCAGAGGCGUUUAUUGAAAAGAACUACCAUCCCACUGUCAUUUGCCGAGCAUACACCAGAGCUCUGGAGGAUGCUCUAGCUGUCCUUGACAAAAUUGCAAUGCCUGUUGAUGUGAAUGACCGUGUGGCAAUGCUAGGGCUGGUGAAGAGCUCUAUUGGUACAAAAUUCACUGGUCAGUUUGGUGACCUAAUUGCUGACCUUGCUAUAGAUGCUACUACAACAGCAGGUGUUGACCUAGGUCAAGGCAUGCGUGAAGUUGAUAUCAAGAAAUAUAUCAAAGUAGAGAAGAUUCCUGGUGGCCAGUUGGAGGAUUCAAAGGUUCUUAAAGGAGUCAUGUUCAAUAAAGAUGUUGUGGCUCCUGGAAAAAUGAAAAGGAAGAUAGUAAACCCACGCAUCAUCCUUCUGGACUGUCCUGUUGAGUACAAGAAAGGAGAAAAUCAGACAAAUGCUGAGUUGAUGAAGGAAGAAGAUUGGCAGCUUCUGCUAGAGCUGGAGGAAGAAUACAUAAAGAAUCUUUGUGCGCAAAUCUUGAAAUUCAAGCCUGACUUGGUUGUUACAGAGAAAGGUCUCAGUGACCUUGCUAUUCAUUAUUUGAGCAAGGCUGGUGUUAGUGCAAUCCGUAGACUUAGGAAGACUGACAACAACAGGAUUGCUAAGGCUUGUGGCGCAGUUAUAGUGAACAGGCCAGAGGAGCUUCAAGAAUCGGAUGUGGGAACACGAGCUGGCCUCUUUGAGGUUAAGAAGAUUGGUGAUGAAUAUUUUUCCUCCAUUAUUGACUGCCAAGAUCCUAAAGCAUGCACUGUUCUAUUGAGGGGAGCAAGCAAGGAUGUCUUGAACGAGGUGGAGAGAAACCUUCAGGAUGCAAUGUCUGUUGCAAGGAACAUUUUGAAAAACCCAAAACUUCUACCUGGAGGUGGUGCUGCUGAAUUGACUGUAUCGGCAACACUAAAGCAAAAGAGUUCUUCAGUUGAAGGUGUAGAAAAGUGGCCUUAUGAAGCUGCUGCUUUAGCAUUCGAAGCAAUCCCAAGAACUCUACUUCAAAAUUGUGGUUUGAAUGUUAUCAGGAUGAUGACACAACUCCAAGGAAAGCAUGCGAAUGGUGAAAAUCCCUGGGUUGGCAUUGAUGGAAGGUCUGGUGAUAUUGUUGACAUGAAAGAGCGGAAGAUCUGGGAUUCGUACAGUGUGAAGGCACAGACAUUCAAGACGGCUGUCGAGUCAGCUUGCAUGCUUCUAAGGAUUGACGACAUUGUCAGUGGAAUCAAGAAGAAGCAGGCUCCAGGAGGCGGUGGCCCCAAGCAACCUCAGAUCGAAACGGAGGGAGAUGCUGACACUGAACAGAUGAUCCCAGAGUAGAACUGCUAUGCUGUUGGAGUGAGCCUGCACUGUCGAUCUUAUGUACUGAUGGCAGAAUAGUUCCCAUGGAGCGGAAUGUUUUGUUAGCACGUGAAAUCACCGUUGCCUGGUUGGAUUUCUUGAAUGUUUGUUCUGGGCCAGGUCUCCAGGGUCGUCUAGUAUUAGUCUGAGCUGUAGCAUUUUCGUAUGUUUGAAUGAGGGGUAUGCUGUUUCAGUUGUGUGUAUUGUAUCAGUGUUUUUGGAUCUGAGGUUUCGCAAGUCUGGUUACUGUUAUUUU